AUGCCAUUUUCUAACGCACAACUUAUUAUUCCUACGAAAAACGGUUUAGUUAGUGGAAAAACGAUUAUAACGAACGAUCGAACUCAAUUCGCCUAUUUUGGUAUUCCGUACGCUCAACCACCUAUUAAUGAAUUACGAUUUAAACCGCCUGUACCAGUCAAAUCUUGGAAUGGCGUCUUAAAUGCUACACAAUAUCAAUAUACAUGUCCUCAGAGACUUCCGUUAGACUUUUAUACUGAACCGAACUCACUAGCCAGUAAAACUAGCGAAGACUGUUUAUACCUAAACAUAUUCACUUCUAAUCCUUCUAGAGCUGGGAAUAUGUCUGUAUUGUUUUACAUCCAUGGUGGUGGAUACCGUGGUGGUUCAGGAGCACGAUGGGGUGGUCAAAUCUUAGCUGCUCAUGAAGAUAUCGUCGUAGUUACUAUUAACUAUCGAAUAGGUAUUCUAGGUUUUAUGACAUCCGGCGAAGAAGACAUUGCUAAAAGAGCUAUACUAGCUAAUAAUGGUUUAAAAGAUCAAAGUCUUGCACUGCAAUGGGUAAAAGAUAAUAUUGAAAAUUUUGGAGGUAAUCCAGAUUUUAUUACGUUAGCUGGAAAUUCAGCAGGCGGUUCAUCUGCUAUAUACCUUAUGCCUUCUAGUAAAGGAUUAUUUAGAGGUGUAAUAUCUCAAAGUGGUUCU